UAAUCUAUAUAUUGAACGUCCAUAAUCUAUUCUUAGAUCCAUUUAAGAUCUUUCGACUUUCUAUUGAUAGCAACCAUGGAUUUUCCUUCACUUUUUGCUGGAACAGCCACCAUUUUUGCUGCGUUUCUGUUUCUCUAUCUUCUUCUAUGGAAACCGGCAAGACGCCUAGUUCAUUCUCAGAGAAAUCCUCCAGAAGCCGCGGGUGCAUGGCCCAUUAUCGGCCACCUUCACCUAUUAUCAGGCCCAGAACCGCCCUUCAAAACCUUGGGCCAGAUGGCUGACAAGUACGGGCCAAUCUUCACCAUACGAAUGGGAGUGUACACAACUCUUGUCGUAAGCAGCUGGGGAGAAGCUAAAGAGUGCCUCACCACAAACGACAAAGCCUUCGCAAACCGUCCAAAAAGCAUAGCCUCAGAAAUAUUGACCUACAAUUACGCUAUGAUUGGGUUCAGCCCAUAUGGUUCCUACUGGCGCCAUGCUCGAAAGAUGGCGACACUUGAGUUACUCUCCAACCAACGCCUGGAGAUACUAAGCCACGUAAGACAAUCCGAGGUCAAAGCGUCCAUUAAAGAAGUAUACGAGCUUUGUCUGAAGAACAAGUUUGACCAGGUGGUGGAGAUGAAAGAAUGGUUUGGAGACAUAACCCUAAACGUGGUGUUUAGAAUGGUUGUAGGGAAGCGGUAUCUCGAAGCCACAAGCUCCGGUGAGAACGAUGUCUGCAAUCGCAGCGAGCAGUACCGAAAAGCUUUACGAGAGUUCUUUGAGUUUACGGGCACUUUUAUGGUGUCUGAUGCAAUUCCGUACCUGGCGUGGUUGGACUUGGGAGGUUAUGAGAAAGCCAUGAAAAAGACUGCAAAAGAGCUUGAUGAAUUGGCUCAAGUUUGGAUUGAGGAGCAUAAAAGAAAAAGGGUUGAUCAUAAAGGCGAACUAGUACUUAAUAACAAGGAGGAGCACGAUUUCAUGGACGUUAUGCUUUCCAUUCUUGAUGAUGCCGAAUUGGGAGUUUCCAGCUACGAUGCUGAUACAAUCAACAAAGCUUUGUCUCUGGCACUUAUUCUAGGGGGCACUGAUACAACAACAGUAACAAUGACAUGGGCCUUGGCACUACUUCUCAACAACCGAGACUGCUUGACGAAAGCUCAAGAAGAAUUAGACCAACACGUUGGGAGAGAUAGACAAGUAGAGGAAUCGGACCUAAAGAAACUGGUUUAUCUUAGAGCUAUUAUCAAAGAAACGAUGCGUUUAUACCCUGCCGCACCACUCGCACUGCCUCACGAAGCAGUGGAAGACUGUACUGUAAGUGGGUACCACGUUCGAACAGGCACACGCCUCCUGGUCAAUAUUUCAAAGCUGCACCGAGAUCCAAAAGUGUGGGCCGAACCCAACGAGUUCAGGCCCGAACGAUUCAUGACUGGUCACCUCAAAAACAUUGACGUCCGAGGCCAGAAUUUUGAGUUGAUGCCGUUUGGAAGCGGAAGAAGAAUGUGCCCGGCAGUGUCGUUUGCCCUUCAGGUUCUGCAGCUGACUCUGGCGUCUUUGCUUCAAGGGUUUGAGAUUGCGACCCCAUUGGACGAGCCAGUUGAUAUGCGUGAGUCUGCUGGACUGACUAACCUUAAAGACUCCCCACUUAAUGUCAUCCUCACUCCACGACUUCCCGCCGAAGCCUAUUAUUGAAAUUAAAAUAUAUAAGAACAAUAUUUUGUUUUACCUAAUCUUUUAUGCUAUGCUUAAAAUUACCAUGGGGCAGAAUUAAGAAUAGCUGGUAUGGGUGUAACUAGUUAAGUCUAUCCCACUUGUUUUUUUUUUUGGUCCUCGUUCAUGUACAUGGAUGCAUAUCUUGACAUAAUAUUCUGGUGUGUGUACAGGCGAGGGUUAUGUUAUAUGGUUAAUUAUAAGAUGAAAAAUGAUGAGUUCCUAGACUA